CUUCACCCUCCCCCCUCACCCCCAUCGCACACCCCGCGCUCUGCGUAUCUGCCGUCAAGUCGACAUUACACGGGCAAGCGCACAGCAAUGAGCGGGCACUACAACCUCAAAUCGCUCAUCAAGGCCAUCCGCGCCUGCAAGACGCUGGCAGAUGAGCGGGCCGUGAUCCAGAAGGAGUCGGCGGCGAUUCGUACCUCGUUCAAGGAGGAAGACUCGUUCGCACGGCACAACAACAUUGCCAAGCUCCUCUACAUCCACAUGCUGGGAUACCCAGCACACUUUGGACAGAUUGAAUGUCUCAAGCUCGUCGCCAGCCCGCGCUUCAGCGACAAGCGCCUGGGAUACCUCGGCAUCAUGCUCCUCCUCGACGAGAACCAGGAGGUGCUGACCCUCGUGACCAACUCGCUGAAGAACGACAUGAACCACUCGAACAUGUACGCGGUCGGCCUCGCCCUCUGCACGUUUGCCAACAUCUCGUCCGAGGAAAUGUCGCGUGACUUGAGUAAUGAGAUUGAAAAGCUCUUGGGGAGCAGCAACACGUACAUCCGCAAGAAGGCCGCCCUCUGCGCGCUCCGCAUCAUCCGUCGUGUGCCCGACCUCCUGGACCACUUCACGUCCAAGGCCAAGGCCCUUCUGCAGGAUCGCAACCACGGCGUCCUGCUCGCUGGCAUCACCCUCGUGACUGAGAUGUGCGAGAUUGACGAGGCCGUGACAAACGAGUUCCGCCAGGCCACACCCCUCCUGGUCAAGCACCUCAAGUCGCUCGUCACCACUGGAUUCAGCCCAGAACACGACGUCGGCGGCAUCAGCGACCCCUUCCUCCAGGUCAAGGUUCUCCGCCUGCUGCGCUUCCUCGGCCGCGGUGACGCCGAGGCCAGUGAGAUUAUGAACGACAUCCUCGCCCAGGUCGCCACCAACACCGACUCGUCCAAGAACGUCGGCAACGCCAUCCUCUACGAGACCGUCCUGACCGUGCUCGACAUUGAGGCUGACAGCGGCCUCCGUGUCAUGGCCAUCAACAUCCUCGGCAAGUUCCUCACCAACAGAGACAACAACAUUCGCUACGUUGCCCUCCACACCCUCAACAAGGUCGUUGGCAUUGACACAAACGCCGUCCAGCGUCACCGCAACACCAUCCUCGACUGUCUCCGCGACGGAGACAUUUCUAUCCGUCGUCGUGCGCUCGAGCUCUCGUACGCUCUCAUCAACGAGAGCAACGUCAGAAUCAUGACCCGUGAACUGCUUGCCUUCCUCGAGGUCGCCGACAACGAGUUCAAGCUCGGUUUGACGACUCAGAUCUGGCUCGCGGCCGAGCGCUUUGCCCCCAACAAGCGCUGGCACAUUGACACAGCGCUUAGAGUGCUCAAGACCGCGGGCAACUAUGUCCGCGAGGAGAUUCUCUCUGCCUUUAUCCGCUUGGUGGCCCACACCCCCGAGCUUCAGUUCUACACUACCCAGCGCCUGUUCCAGGCGUUGUCGUCUGACCUGUCCCAGGAGUCGCUCACGCUCGGCUCUGUGUGGAUCAUCGGCGAGUUUGGCGAUGUCCUGCUGCAGGGCGGCACCAUUGACGACGGCGAGGAGGUCAAGCCCGUGACUGACGUUGCGAUGGUCGACCUGUUUGAGACUGUGCUCAACUCUCCCUACGCCAACACGAUCAUCCGCCAGCAUGUCCUUACUGCCGCGGCCAAGCUUUCGGCACGAUUCGCCGAGCUGAGCACGGCCAACUCGGCUGCCCAGCAGGAGCGUAUCAACGCUCUCAUGGCCGGCUACUCGAACAACCUCGAGCUCGAGAUCCAGCAGCGUAGUGUCGAGUUUGGCAACCUGUUGAACAUGAACGACGCCAAGAAGGAUGUGCUGGAGCGCAUGCCUCCACCAGAGAUCCGGGCUACGAUUAUGGGUACGGUCAGCGAGCGGAGGUCGGUUGGUACGACGAGACAGGACAAGGACACGGUCGUGGAUCUCAUUGGCGACGACAUUGGCUCUGCGCCGGCCAACGGCGCUGGUUCGGCGGCGUCGCUCCAGUCGACGCAGGACCUGCUGGCCGACAUUUUCGGCUCGUCCGACGUGAGCGCCGCGCCCUCGGCUGCCGCUUCUCCUACCGCUGCUGCUCCCCCACGAUCGGCUGCCCAGGACAUUAUGAGCCUGUUCGACUCGUCGCCAGCUUCUGCGUCCCCUCAAGCGUCGUCUCCUCCCCCAGCAUCGUCUGGUGCCGGCUCUCUGUUCGACCUUGUCACUCCCACCCCAACCUCCACCGCCCCUGCCCCUGCCCCUGCCGCGGCUCCCCGGCCAGCCCAGCCCCCGGCUCAGCAAGCACCCCAGCUGCAGUCCUACCCCGCCUACGACAAGAACGGUCUCAAGAUUACGCUCACACCACGAGUGUCACCUACGCAGCCCGGUGUUGUGCAGAUCCUGGCCCGGUUCACGUCGACUGCACCGAUCCAGGGCGUCAACUUCCAGGUUGCAGUUCCAAAGACACAGCAGCUGCAGAUGCAGGCCAUGUCCAAGUCGGACGUGCUUCCCGGCUCUACCGAGACGCAGCAGAUGCGCAUCCUCGCACCUGCCGGCGCGCAGAUCCGUCUGCGCUUGCGCAUCACGUACACGCGGGACGGCCAGGCCGUCGCCGACCAGCAGGACUUUGCUGGCUUCCCUGCCAACCUCACUGGGGGCAAGUAAUGCGUCGAGUAAUACGGGAUAGACGGGGCGUGCGCCGGGGCGCGCGGAGCGUGCACGGUGCAACGAUGAUUAUGAAUUAUGCUAGGCUACAUGUUAGAGAUGCAUCUGUGGUGGGUG